UGAGGUUUUUUUUUUUCGUUUUGGUAUGUAUGUAUACAAAGGCUUCAAACCAGUUCAUAGUGGUUCACUAAUUGCCAACUUAAAUGAAGUCAGUGUACCCUUUGCAUAGUAAGCAUAUCUUUUGCCCUUUGGAUUCUGACCCCAGUAGGAAAUAAUUCAGUGAUGCCCUGCUCAAAGAUGCCAGCUGGCCGCAUUGCAUUGAACGUCUGUCGCUUUCCACAAUCCUGCCAGUAAUCCAAUCUCUUGCAUCAGGCUGUAGAAACUUUCCGGUGAAAUCCAAUGUGCAACAGAUUUUUUUGUUCUGCAACCCAUGUUUUGCUCUUUUUUACGUCAGGAAUUGCUGAACUGUUAUGACCUGGUUUGAAGUCGUGAAUUGUGUUAAUGUACGUAAAUUAUGUAUGUGUACAUAUUUACGUAUAUAUGUAACUAAAUGUAAAAUUUUGCGUUCAGAGAAUUUUCACAAUACAUUUUCAUAGAUGUGAGUCGGAUAUUGAGUAUUUGAAACAUUUCACUUGGAAACAAUUAUAAGAAAGCCUCAUAUUUUAGAAAAAUGGUUACAGUAAUGGUAGUAUUUCUUGUACUUCAUUUAUCCUAUGAAACAUAGGUCAGUGUGAAAACUUUGCACGUACACUGUGUUUUGUAGUGGUAAACUAGGAAGAAAUUUAUUUCCAAUAGCAUGUUACCUAUUUUUAACAGAAGUCAUACAGUAGAGAACCUCUGUGAGAGUAAUGAAGGAAAUCAGUGUGGGAAAAUCUUCAGCCAGAUGCCAAAUCUUAGUGUGCUAAAGAUAACUCCUUCAGAAAUAAAUCCUUUUGAAUGCUUUGAGUCUGCAAAAGCCUUCAUGGAUCACUCAUCACAUAACCCUCGUACUAGAUCCCACACUGGAUGCAAUACCUGUCAGGGUAAGGAAUGUGGAGAAGCCUGCAGCUGUCCCUCUCACCUAACCACUCCUAUGAGAAUUGUUAGUAGAAAGAAACCACAUAAACGUAAGGUAUGUAGGAAGGACUUAAUUUGUAUGUCAACGCUUAAGAAUCCUGUGACAACACUCACUGGUGAGAAACGCUAUGAAUGUAAAGAAUGUGGGAAAUAUUUCUGUAGUUUCUCAUCCUUUCGGACACAUCUGAGAGGUCACAAUCGUGUAUGUAAACAGUACUGUAAAACCUAUAGCCAUUCAUUCUUUGUUGUAAAAAACUUCAUCACAGACGUAAACUUUAUGAAUGUAAAGAUUGUGGGAAACUUUAAAUAUAACUCAUCCCUCAGCAUAUAAAUAUUCACAGUGGAGAGAGGUCUUACGAAUGUAAGAAAUGUGGGAAAGACUUUAGACAUUCUGGAUCCCUCAGUACACAUAAAAACUCAUAGUGCAGUGAGGCCGUAUAAAUGUAAGCAAUGUGGGAAAGUCUUUAGUUAUUCCUCAGCCCUCACUACACAUAUGCAAACUCACAGUGGAGAGAAGCCUUAUGAAUGUAAGGUAUGUGGAAAGCCUUUAGUUAUUCCUCAAGCCUCACUUCACAUAAACAUGCUCACAGCAGAGAGAGGCCUUAUGAAUGUAAGCAGUGUGGGAAACCUUUUAGUCAUUCCUCAGCCCUCACUACACACAGAAGAAUUCACAGUGGAGAGAAACCUUACGAAUGUAAGGAAUGUGGAAAAGUCUUUAGACAAGCCUCAAACCUCGCUACACAUAGAAGAAUUCACAGUGGACAGAAGCCUUAUAAAUGUAAGGAAUGUGGGAAAGCCUUUAGUCAGAGCUCAUCCCUCACUAUGCAUAAAAGAACUCACAGUGGAGAGAAACCUUAUGAAUGUAGGGAAUGUGGGAAAGCCUUUCGUAACUUAUCCAACCUCACUUCACAUAUAAAAUCUCACAGUGGAGAGAGGCCUUAUCAGUGUAAGCAAUGUGGAAAAGUCUUUAGUCAUUCCUCUUCCCUCACUAAACAUAAAAGAACUCACAGUGGAGAGAGGCCUUUUGAAUGUAAGCAAUGUGGGAAAGCCUUUAGUGAUUCCUCAUACCUUAUUAAACAUAUAAGAACUCACAGUGGAGAGAGGCCUUAUGAAUGUAAGGAAUGUGGAAAAGCCUUUAGUGGUUCCUCAGGCCUCAUUAGACAUAAUAGGACUCACAGUGGAGCGAGGCCCUAUGAAUGUAAGCAAUGUGGGAAAACCUUUAGUCUUUCCUCAUCUCCCAAUACUCAUAUGCGAACUCACAGUGGAGAGAGGCCUUAUGAACGUAAGGAAUGUGGGAAAGUCUUUAGUCAUUUCUCAUCUCUGUAUACGCAUAUAAAAAUUCACACUGGAGAGAAGCCUUAUGAAUGUAGGGAAUGUGGGAAAGCCUUUAGGCAGGCCUCACACCUCAUGCAACAUAUAAGAACUCACAGUGGAGAGACUAUGUCAAAAGUGAGAUAUUUCAUCGUUACUGCUAUAAUUUCAGAUAGGAAGUUUAUGAAACUUUGUGAUUUAAGAAAAAAGUAUCUCUGAGUAAGAAAGCAUACUAACUCAAAGAAGGGGUCAUUAGAGCUACUUUGUGCCUUUGAGAGAAAUGACAUUUUUAUUGUAACUGCGGGGAUUUCUUAAUCUGUGUUUGUCACUUUCUCAAUCCAAGCUAAAUUUUCCCUUUCUGAAUGCCUUUGGCUAUUGCAAAUAAGGCUUCAGGGAAUAGCCUUGAGCAAAUGUGAUUUUAUAUUUUUUAAUGUUUUUAUAUUUGUGAUUUUGCAUAUAAUUACACACAUUUUACAUUUGGUUUAAGAGUGUUUGUUUUGUUUUCAUAUUUUCCUUCCACUCUUUCAUAUUGUAAAGGUAACUACCCUUUAUAAUUAGUUAAGUUUCUAAUAGGGCAAUACUUUGAGAGUGUGCAAAUACUCUAUUUUUCAUCGUACUUUGGCCUACUGAUGUUAGUAUCCGUAAUUGUUACCUAUGCUUGUUGUUAUUGUGGUGUUUACCAAGUAGUAUUUUGUGUUCAAUCAUGUCUUCUAUGCUUAUUAAUUGAAAUUCUACAAGAAAUACUUUCCUUUCUUCCCUCCUUUGAUUUAUUAAAUUGUUUAUAGCGGUACAGGCAUUCCCCAGAUUGCAAAAGAAUUCCAUUCCUAAGUCUUUACAUCAGAUUUGUAAGUUUGAAUUGUUAGCUACGGUUCUUAUGUAACGUUAGUGAAAUAUUUGUUAUAGUAUAUAGUAUUUGUUGUAACUUUCUAUGUAGAAAAAGCAUUAAAGAAAUGCUUCUAGUUAUACUAAAAUAUAUUUAACAUAAUAAUACAGUGCCGUUGCUGUUAGGUGCCUUCGAGUUGGUUCUGACUCAUAGCAACGCUG